CGUCUCUUUACUCUCUUAUCCAAGUGAAAUACCAAAAACUUAUAGUCCAAUAGUUCUAUGAAUGUGAUAUAAAACUUACAAAAUCAAUGUUCAUUAAUUUUUCUUUUCAGAUUUUGAAUAUUUUUUGUAAUUUAGUUACAUCACUUUAAUUUUUGUGAUGUAUUGACAAAGUUUUUUUUUUUUUUUAAAUAAUCGCUCGUUUAAAAAAAAAAAAAAACUUGCGUGUGUGAAUUGGUCUAAUAAUUAAUGUUAAGAGGCCAAAAGUUUUUUGUAAAUUUUUUUCUUAUUUUUGCCCAAUUUAAAAGAAGUGCAUGAAAUUUCGUCAAAAAAAGAAGUGAAAGAUUGUUGAAUGAUCUCCUACAAUUAAAAAACAAGAAUAAAACAUAGCUUGAUUUAAAGAAGAAAAGUUGUUGGUUUUCAAUCGCCAUCUCCACCCGAAAAUCAAAAACCCACGUGAAAGAUUGUUGAAUGAUCCACUGCCGUUCCAUUACUUUUCUGGCUAAUCCAAAUCCUGCUAAAUAAAUUAUCAAUUUCCUCGCGAUCAAUUUUCCGCAACUCCUCACUCGCACGCGGCGACAAACCGCGAUUACCAUAUGCGUGCACGUACAGAUUUGCACGCAGUAACCAUCAAGAUUUGCCGAUAUUUGAAGUGAGUUUUUGCUUGUCAAUUGAAAAAUGGCCGCCUCUUGUUGCUCCACUGCUGCCGUCUUCUCGAUCUCCCGCCCCCAAACUCGGCAGCGAUUUGUCUCAGCGAGUCAAUUGCCGCAGAGCAACCGCCUCGGGCUCUCGAUUUGGGAUCAGAGGAGACUCGAGGCCCGAAAAUCAGUGCGUGCCUCCAGCCUUGGGGAUAGCAAAACUGCAGCUGUGACUGGCAAAUCAUGGGACAAACUAAUCAUAGACAGCGAGUUACCUGUGCUGGUGGAGUUCUAUGCCAGUUGGUGUGGACCCUGUCGCAUGGUUCAUCGAGUAAUUGAUGAGAUAUCCAGUGAGUACUCGGGGAGGCUAAAAUGCUUUGUUCUUGAUGCGGCCAUUGACUCACAAGUUGCUGAAGACUACGACAUCAAGGCUGUGCCAGUGGUCCUGCUGUUCAAGAAUGGUGAAAAACGCGACACUGUUAUCGGCACCAUGCCUAAAGAUUUCUAUGUGGCUGCCAUUGAAAGGCUUCUGUCUUCAUAGAUCUCUGAUUUGGCUAUCAAGAUGGAAAGAUACAAAUUUGAAUAUCCUAAUUUGAGGCAAAGUACCGUUAGCCCGGCUGUGAUCUUUCAAGCAAAACUCUCUCUCUAGUUUUGCCACUUUUGUGUGUACAGGUUUUGGUGUACCCAACUGUUUCUGCUAUCAAGAAUGUGAAGAUUCGUUUAUUUA